AUGGAUGAAACUGUUUGGAAAUAUAUUGUUUUGCUGUUUGUUUUGAUACGAUUUUGUCAGUAUGCGAAUGCAGAAUGCCAGGUGUUUGAUGCACCAAAAGUAUACGCAAUCUUAUCUAAUGAAGAUGGAAGCACGCGUGAUAAAGAUGGCAAUUUGCUCAUUUACGCCAAUAUGCAGCAGAAACUGCAGUUGGUGGGGAGGAACCUGACAGGCCUCAGUAAGGUAACCUUCACAACUCACAGUGCCAGCCAACCCGGGUCGCCCUGCAACGAGUAUGACCAGUCGGACACGUAUCAGGUUACAGAGGCCAGCACUGAUGGCCGUUAUGCCACAGUGGUGGUGAAUCUUCGCUCCUUUGGAUCUGGCGAGGAUUUUUACCACAUUUGUACAAAGGGCGAACAGAUGGGCAGCUGCUGGUACCACCAAGGAGAAAACAGUCUAUCUCGUGUGGUAGUAUACAUAAAAGAGGAAGAGAAGACCCUGCUGCCAUUGUGGAUACAGAUCUGCCUCAUUGCGUUACUACUCUGCCUUUCCGGUCUCUUUAGUGGGCUCAAUCUCGGAUUGAUGGCCCUUGACAAAACAGAAUUAAAAAUCAUAGAAAAAUGUGGUUCUAAAGAUGAAAAAAGUUAUGCAAAAAAGAUCAACCCGGUUAGGAAGCGGGGUAACUUCCUGCUUUGUACGCUGCUGUUGGGUAAUGUCCUUGUCAACAACACUCUCACGAUAUUGCUGGAUGAUGUGAGUAACGGUUUGUAUGCAGUAAUAGGUGCCACUCUUGGUAUCGUGAUAUUCGGAGAGAUCAUUCCGCAGGCUAUAUGUUCCCGACAUGGACUGGCUGUGGGGGCUCAGACGAUCUGGCUCACUCGGCUUUUCAUGCUGAUUACAUUUCCGUUAUCGUUUCCUAUUAGUCUUCUACUGGAUAAAAUUCUGGGAGAGGAAAUUGGUCAGGUGUAUGACCGGGAAAAAUUGUCAGAACUUGUGCGAGUGACUAAAGAUUUUAAUGAUCUUCGGAAAGAGGAGGUAGAUAUUAUAGAAGGUGCGUUAGAAUUGACGAGAAAACCUGUACGAGAUAUUAUGACCAAAAUUGAGGAUGUGUAUAUGUUGGAAUAUUUAUCUCUGCUAGAUUUUGAGACAGUGACAGAAAUUAUGAAGCGGGGCUACACCCGUAUUCCAGUUUAUGAUGGAGAUAAAAGUAAUAUUGUUGCUCUACUUAAUAUUAAAGAUCUUGCCCUGGUAGAUCCAGAUGAUAAAACACCAUUGAAAACUGUCAUCAAGUUCUUCCAGCAUCCCCUGGUGUUUGUGUUUGAUGACCAGAAACUAGAUCAAAUGCUGCAAGAUUUCAGGAAAGGACAUUCUCACAUGGCAAUCGUCAGACGUGUGAACAAUGAAGGAGAAGGCGACCCAUUUUACGAGACAUUAGGCGUCGUCACUCUGGAAGAUGUUAUUGAGGAAAUCAUUCAAGGGGAGAUAAUUGAUGAAACAGACACAUUGACCGACAACCGACAGAAGGCCCCACGGAAGUUAUUGAGGCAGGACUUCAGUAUCUUCAACACGCCGGAGGAUCACAACAAGGCUUACAUCUCACCACAGCUUUCCCUCGCAGCUUUCCGAUUCCUGUCUACCUCCGUGGAUCUGUUCCAUGAGGACCUGAUAUCGGAGAAUGUGUUGAAGCGCCUCCUACAGCAGAACAUUGUAGAGGAAUACCAGCCAAACUUAAACGAUAGUGAUUCCAUCAGAUAUCUGUACCAGGACGGAGUUCCCUGUGACUUCUUCAUACUGAUACUACAAGGCCACGUGGAGGUGAGCGUAGGAUUUGAGAAGAUGUGUUUUACUGGAGGACCUUUCUCUUUCUAUGGCGUCCAGGCUUUGGAUGUUGCAGAGGGGACAUUCGUACCAGACAGUAACACCGAUAGUGUGUAUGUGAAAAACAAACCAUACAUUCCCGACUUCACCAUCCGGGCAGUAUCGGCUUUACUCUUCAUCAAGAUAGGGCGCGGCCACUACAUCGCUGCACGCCGCGCAACACUCAUGGGAAGAUCCAAGAGUAAAUUACAGGCCAAUGUAGAGGAUGAUACGUUCAACAGAGAAUGGAAAAAGGCUACCUUGAUUUCCCAUACCAGUUCCUCUGAUCACAUGCUCCGUCACAGCUCCCCAGAUAUCUCCAAACCUUCUGUAACGAUCAGCGAGGCUAGCCGUUCGGCCAGCUCUAGUUUGUCAAACUCCAAGCUUUCACACACUGAUAGCAAGGAGGAGAAAGUGGAAGCUUGCAAAGACCAUGAGGUCAAGGUAGAGGCCAAGGUCACCUCAGAGGAGGACAAUGAGGAGUCCCAUUGUUGCCCCUCGGAUGAACAAACAUUCUUAAUAGACUCAAAGAACGAAGUUGUAAGCUAACAACCUACACCCAUAUGGGAUCAGGUUAGGGUCCAGAAUUGUUUUCUCAUCUCAACAUUCAGUGUAUGACAAUUACAACCAAAUUACAUUUACAAGAGUAGUGUGCACCAUAAACAAAUUAAUAAUUCAUUCUUUAAUUCUACAUUUGCAGUCUACUUCAUCUGACUAAUUAAGCAGUGUAUUGUUAUUGCUAUCAGCUUGGUACAAAAGUUUUGCUUCAUCUUGUAAAUAAAUAGAUAAAUAAUCUUGUAGAUAGUAACAGUAGAAUUGUUUCUAUAAAAUCAUGAAUUUGGAAGAGGUGCGAAAUUUUUGUAAAGUUUAUCCUUUGUAAGGAUCACAGCAGCAGGAUGAUGAUGAACUGUUUGGGAAAUGUAUUGAGUGACCCUGUGACCCCAUGUGGGAUUGAGGUAAAUGUAUUGAGUGACCCUGUGACCCCAUGUGGGAUUGAGGUAAAUGUAUUGAGUGAACCUGUGACCCCAUGUGGGAUAGAGGUAUUAUUGUUAUGUAAAUAUUCCAAGCUUUUUUUUAUUGAUAUUGUUAGUUUUUACUCCAGUUCAUUUUUUUUUUUUUUUCAAAUGACAGAUUUUUUUUUUUUUUGGAAUGCUGGCAGGCUGCUUCUUGUGUGAUGACCUCAAAAUUUAAAUUAAGAUAAAUUUUUAUUUUUAGUUUUAUUUUUAUUUUAUGUUAUGAUUAUUAUUAUUAAUGAGAGAGAAAAUUGUUAAGUAUUAUAAUAGUAAUGUAGCUGUAUGGCUCAAGAUAUAACCAUAUGUCUACAAGAAAAUGACAGCAUUGUAAAACUUUAUGGCAUAUUCUACUUAAAAAGACAACCUGAAAGAUUAAUGUGCAUUCACAAGACUUCAGUGAAAUCUUUAUAAAAGCUAGUUUCAUGUAGAAGUUAAAUAAAAGUAGAUUAUCUACUGGUCAGAGAAUUUUCAGGUUUAAUAAAAAGUAAGGAUUCGGUUUAUCUCCGAAAAUGAAAUUUUUUCAAUGUUCAAAAUAAGGGAUUUUACUUAUAACCAGAGAGAAAAUCAUUUGAACAAUUGAUAUAAGUCAGCAUGAAAAGAUAAGAGUUUCUCAAAGCAGACUUUACAUUAGAUACAUAAAACAAGCAAACAUUUCCCCUAGUAACAAAAACGUUGACCUUGACCUUGACCCAAAAACCCUGAAACACAAACUUGUCCAAGGUAUUAUGGUCCUUUAAUCACGAUUAAGAAAUUAAGAUUAAAAAUAAAAUUAAGAAAUGAAGCAGCUAGAGCGCUGACAAACUUUGGCGUUGCAUACAUAUGUAGGAUGGACGGAAAAGAAACGUAUAUUCACCCUGGUUUCACUGGCAUGGGACAUAAUAUAUUCCAGGAAAGGACAUGGGUGGGACAUUUAGACUCGGAGCAAAUCGGGAAGUAUAUCCAAGCAUGCCUUGUUCGUGUGGGGAUAGACAGUUGACAUUGUAGAGAUAGUAUCCAUACAAGUUGCAGCCUUGUGUCUUCAUUAAGUUUUUUUAUAACUAGAUCUGCCAUAAUUAACCUAAUUAGUACCCAUGUUCUUAACGAUAUCUUUCCUGCCAAUUCUGCUAUGAUUAUUGUAAACAUUUGUUCUGUGACAAAAGAAAAAUCAGAAUAAUUGAAAUGAAUUUGAUAUCAACAGCAGUAAUACAAAAGAAAGGGACCAGAUUUUGAAAGUAUUAUAAUACAUUAAGUCUAAAUCAUUGACAUAUAGCAUGUAUUUGGAUCAAGAAAAUCACUUUCAGGACAUAUAUUAUUGGCAUCGCUACCAUCUUUGCAUCUUUUAAAGUAUCAUGGGUGCUUAAUUCUUAGUUAAAAUGUGGUAAUUUCAUUUAUUAUGAAUAUGAUGUGAUAUGAAGAGAUAUUUCAAUAGUUUUGAGAAUUAUGUAUAGCCACCAAAUUAAAGUUCAUGUUGAAAACACCAAACGUUCUUUAGAUGAGAGUGAAUAUGUGAAAUUAACAUAAACCAGGAAUUUCGGGAAUUCAGUCUGUAAAUAAGAUUUUCACGCUUGCUGGAGCCGGCUUAAGAGUUCUGCUGAUUCCUGAUUUAUGUUUUAACUUCUAUAUACAUAUAAUAUAUAUAUCAUGUGUUUUGUUGUCAAACCUGUACACUGUCUUUUGUUUCACACAAUUGUUCUGAUUAUACCAAAGAUUGUAACUAAUUAAUCAAAAAGUUUGGAACAAGAUGGCACAUUUUGCUAUUUCAAUGGACCAUAACAAAAGAUUUCAAAAGAAAAUGUUUUGACAAAAUUGUAUUACUCUUAGAAUUAAAAAAGAAAGAUAUUCUGAAAAUAUUCCGGAGUUAUCAAAUAAAUACAGUUUGACAGAUUUGCCAACUUUUCUCAGGAUAAUGGACCCUCGGUCGCAUGUUUAGCAUUCCUCGGGUCAGAGAUCAACAUAAAAUCUCAGAUACAAAGUUAAUAAUGAGGCAUUAGUGAAGACUGGACUUUCUGGGUCACAUUUCAAGCUGCAUUUUAUUGUAGUGAGGUUUGAGGAAAUCUCAGAUUUGAGGAAUGAUGACCGAAGUGUUAAAUGUUUUUUGUUGUAGUAUAUUUAUACACAGAUUCUAUAUGUACAUUGUACCUGGUUUUUCUUGUUAUUAUUGUGUUUUGGGAUUGUGUCCUGUUGCCAUGUCUACAGAUACAUGUAUAUGUGCAUACUACAUAGAGUAUGUAGUAUGUAUGCAUGUGUGCUAAAGCUGUGCACGAGUUGUCGUACAUGUACUAUGAUAUAUGUGUGCUUUAAGCCAUGCAUACAGUUUAUGCAUACAUGUGCACACAUUCUAGUUUAUGCCAUGCUCCAAGGAUGUAUAUAUGUAUGUGUGCUCUCAGCGAUACACAAGAGCUGUUUGUACAUGUGCUAUAUAAUUAUGCAUAUGCUUCGAGCCAUGUACAGUAUACAGAUUUUUGGUAUGUACAGUAUAUGCUGUAACCUUGCAUACAGGUUGUAUUUAUAUGUGUGAUUUUAAAGAGACUUGGUUUUCAUGCGAAAAUUACAGAAUUUCCAGAACUCUCCUGAGAUUGGAUUUGUUAACGGAGUAGACCUCCAGGGCUUUGGCAAUUUGUAUUCAUUUACCUAUGAAUGCCAGGUUACCAUCUUACUUCUAUAGUAUACAGCCAUCUGUCACAUGGUCACAAAAAUGUUGAUGAUUUUCCUAUCAUAGAUUUGUAUUUAUAGAGAAGAUGGAGUUAACUGAUGUGACCUUAAUUAGGUCAUGGGAUACCUAUUGUUGUUAUUGGGGUAAUCAGGAGGGGGGAGGGGUUCUCAUAUUUCAAAGUUAGGAGAGUGACUCAAUUUUGACAGAUUUGCAGAUUUUUCUCAGGAAAAAUGACCUAGUGUCACAUAUCUAAUACUCCUUAGGGCCAAGAUCAAUUUCUUGACCUUGUAUAUUUGUUCUUAUCAAUUUGUGAUACACUAAAAGCAACGAAAGUAAAGGAAUUGAAAUCAAACCAGACAUUAUAUAUUUUGAAAUACUAAAUGAUCUGACAUCAGCUGAUUGCGUUGGUCCAUAUGGCUAUAAUUCACCUGUAGACAAAGUUUCAUUUGAUAUAUGGAAAAUUGGCCAAGUUAUAAUGAAUUCAAUAUUUUUACAGUUAAAAGUAAGUUGUAAGCUGAUUAGUUUGGGUAAAUUGUGACAAGCUUUAAGAGUUAAGUCAUCAUUACCACAGAUCAGUUUUUAUAUGGAUGUACCCUUACUUGUUAUCAAUUGUUAAAAAUUGAGUUCAUCCAAGUAACGUAAUUUUUUUUAAAAAUAUCAAUCUGAAAACUGUUAUCUGUGUGUAUUGUAAUCUUAUAAACAACAGAUCAUCUCUGGGCUUUUAAGUAUUAUUUACAGCAAUAUUUUUCAAACUAAAUUUUAAAGUAAUGCUGCGAUAACAUGGUCAAUGUAACCUCAGGUGAAGAUCAAAGGUGCGUACAGCGUGGCACGUUCCCUACCUGUGUCGAUCAACGGUUUGUACUUUUCCGGAAACUGAGAAAUGGUCCAGUCUGUGCUGUCGUGGUUGUGUCCUUAGGGAAGACACAAAACUAUUAAUGAUCUGAAUGACAUGUGACAGAACUCUUGUAUGUUGUUUAGUGAAGUAGCCACCAGCUACUACAAUCUAGGCUGUUCACGAGGUGAUAAACCCAACAAACAAACAUAAUCCUUGUUGCUUAGUUAGUUUUUAGUGUAGCAACAAAUUUUUCUUUGUGAUGAAAAUAUUUUUUUCUAAUGAGUUAGUAAAGCCUUUUUCAUCCAUUCUGGUUCUGCAAGUUCUGGAUUAAUAUAUUGUUAAAAGUAUGAAAAUAUACAUUUGUUGAGUGUUUAAAUAAGUUUAAGAUUAUUGUUUUUAAAAUUGAAACAGAUCUAUCAUUAUUGAUUGGUGAUAUGGAACUGAACAACAUUAUACUGUAACAUGAUUAUAUGGAUUGAUAUAGCAAUAUUUGCCAAUAAUUAUUAAAAUGAUUGUUUCAGUGUCAUAUGAUAUAUUAAAUCUGAUGCUUACCAGAGUUAAAUUAUCAUAUGAUUACCCCACCUAGAUGUGACAAAGCCCACCUCCACCAUAUCCCUAUAGCUAGCACAACAUUCAAAAUUUGUCAACACUCAUAUUUUCAAAUAAUAAUGACAAUAUUGCCUUCAAAGAAUCUAAACUUUUUUUCUGUUUCACGUGACUUAAAACUAAGGUGGUUGUAGAAAGUUGAAUAUUAUCAAGGCCCAAAACCAUCAUUAUCUAACACACGCCCCACAUGCCUCCUUUAAAUACAUGUACAUAAUGUACCGGUACCUGUUCUAAAUGCAUAUAUUCUCUUUUAAUACAGCAUUUUCAGUAUGAAAAUAUAUAUAUGUAAAUCCGUAAUUCAAAUCAUCAUAGGUUAAUCUCUCUCUGAGAUAAGUUUUGAUAGGGGUUGAUUAUCAUUAGACACUAGCAAUACAAUCUCAAUAUAUCUUAAUGUUUACUGUCACCCUGUUUGAAGGAUUGUUGGGAGUAAAAUUUAGCAUCAAAUUUGAAGCAGAUUGCCAGCAAUGUUGCAAUAUCUCAUAGACAUUUGUCAAGUUAAUACAUACAAAUUUAUUGUAGUGGGUACUUUUUAUCACACACACAAAAACACUUGUUGUCAGGCCACAGAAUUCUGUUGGUCGUUAAAUGUUAGGAAGAUUUUGUAGUUAGAUAUUGUUACUGAAAAAAUUAUAGUAUUAAUUGUUUUAUAGUUAUCAAUAUUAUUAAGUGAUUGCAGAAAUUUUAAAUAUUUAACUCUACUCUGUUUAUAAUAUUGAGAUUCUAAGUACUUUGUACAGUGUAAUACAAAGUUUCACAUUUAGAAAGGAAGCAGCACUAUUUUCUAUCUUUCUAAAAAUAAUGUAACUUUUCACUGAAUUUUUCAGCAUUUUCUCUGCCAUUUCUAUUAAUGUUCAGCACAAUGUCUUUGCCUCUGGCUAUCAAUAUAUAUUUUGAAUUAUACAUGUUAACUUAACACAGUACAUUGUACUAGCAAUUUUAUCUUUUUUUAAAAAGUAAAUUUGAAAUUUUCAUAAUUCUUUAGGAAUGUUCAUAUAGUGUAUGUAGCUUGAAAAGUUAAUUUUAAAGUUUCAAAUAUUUCAAAACUAAUAGAUGAAAAGUAAAACUAACAUUGAAAUCUUAACAUUUUUAUGAGGUUUUCUUAAUAUCUUUAAACUGGAAAUUAAAGUAAACAGAAACUCCUGGAUCCUGAUGCGACAAAAAUUGACCAGGCCCCGGUUUCAUCAACAUUCCAAUUUAGGAAAAAUUCUUUAACUUAAACAUUUUCCUUGGGAAAGCAUUACAGAAUUUAAGAGGGAAAUCUUAGGUAAGGAACCCUCCUUAAAUUAUAUAAUGUUUUCCUUUGGAAAAUUUUAAGUUCAGGAAUUCCCUUAAGUCCAGGAAUCUUGAUGAAACUGGCCCCUGAGUAAUGGGUGUUUGUGUCUUUCUGGCCAAACAAAAACCGAAUGUUGUUUUUUAAAGUUCUGUGAAAAGGCAACUGUUUGUAUCAUAUUGUGACCAGUAUUAACAUCGUUUUUGUUUUAUGUAGUAUAUAGUUUGGUCUCGCUAUCAUGUAUAUAAUUAUAUUAUUGUACCAAUCUAUUCGUUCAGCUUGAACAGCCUUACAUUGCCAUACAGAUAAAGUCGACAGUGUAACCGGAUUGAUCGCAGCUUUGUCUAAAUAAAUAUUUGAUUCAAGAAAUUUCCAGGAUUACUGAAAGAAGAAACAUAAACCAGCUUUCUGGAGUUAGCUUUGAUAAUUCAUAGUGAAAGUUUCAUAAUGGUGACAAUUUUUUUUUUCUAAGGGACAUUUCAUGGACACAACAUGUGUUAUAUUAUCAAUAUGAUGAAUCAUUAUGUAAAAAUAAUCACAAAUAGAUUUACCUUGAUACAGUCUUUUAUCAAAAGUAGCAUAACUAUUCUGUAAUAAGCCCAGGGGACCAUCUUCGAAUCCAAGUAGGCCCCAGGGAGGGCUUAUGUCUAUAGUGUUAGGUGCUCUGUGGAGCUGCUUCGUCACCCCAAACCUUUGUUGUAGAAUUAAUGGUGUGUUUAAAUUAUUGGCCAAAUGUACAUGUCAGUCAUAAUAGGCCUGUCAACAUGUGAUGUUUGGAACUGAUACAUGUUCAGGUCAUGAACAAUUGUACAAUUUUAUGAGAAUUUUUCCGGCUGAAUAAUCUCCUAUUUGUACCUCAGAUAGAAUACUUGUUAGUGGCAAAUUAAGAAUGCGGGAUGAAGAAUUGCAGUCCUGACUCAAUUUGUAGUAUCAACACAGAGAAAUGUUAAUUUUCUUCUUUUUAAAACUGGAUAAUUAUUUGAAUGUGUAAUAUGGGCAUUGUCUUUAUGGUAUAGAUUUUAGUUCGGGCUAAUUGUGUAGCCAUCUUGGUUUACACUGAAUCUUAUUUCAAGUUUUACAUUUGUUAAUAUCAGGCCUUUUCAGCCUUUCAACUGAUGACACACCAAACCCAGAUCUCUUUGUCUUUAGAUCAUUAGGCUGGGUUGGUCUUCUAGCCAUCUUGAUUCCAAUCAAACCUUGUUUUUAUUUAACAGGUUUUAUGUCUUGCUACAAUGGCUGUUCUGCCUUUCAGCUGACAACACUCCCAACCUAGACCUCUUUAUAUAAUUUGUAAACGUUGAUUGUGUCAACUGUCCUGUUUCACACUUCAUCUAUACCUCUCUUACAAUUUUAUUUGUCUCAUACCUGGGCCAUUUCAUUAUAUGAUGUCAAAAUGGCUUCUUCUAAAAACACUUCUGAAAAUGAAAACAAAUAAUAUGUCUUAUCCAUCUUGCUCAGCACACCUUAGGUUCCUCCUGUUUCUGAAUUGAAAAGUUAUAAAACUUUUCUCUCUCCUUAAAAACUCCAAAUUCUCCAAAUUGUUAAGGGUUUAGUUUUCACAAUCUUUACAAAAUCUAUAAUAUCUUGAAGCUUGGCCCGAGAGUGUGAUGCUAGUGGUAAUUGAUGGUGAUAGAAUGGUGAUCAUCCACUGAUGGAAAGAGAAUUGUGUACAUCACUUCAAUCUGCAGUUUUCAUUAUUUGUAGUUGUAGUUUGUACAUGUGACAUACUUGUUGAUAGUUAACUUCAUACUGCAUCUAAAAUGCAUCUUCUGCAAUAAAGCUGACUUCUAAAUCAAAAAACCUGUUUCUGCCUUUGUACCUCAUUACUACAUUAACCCAUAGACUGCUGCUAUGGUAUUGACAUCCUACUAGCAACUUAAAAUUGUGUUGAUAAAAAUGAGCCACACAACAACUAGCAACAUUAUUUAUUUUAACUUUUUCUUACCUUUAUUGAAACUUGUGCAAUUGUGUACAGAUGUCAAAACAAUCAAAUAAGAAAAAAAAAAAGUCUUGCAGCAGUCUAAAUGUUAACACCUACUUCAGCCUUGGUUCAUAACACCUACCCAUACAGUUAAAAAACACCUUUCUGUCCUGUUACCUGUAACUGAAUUAAGAUGUUUGCUUCUACCUUGGUACCUAUAACUACAUUCAUACACCUGUAUCUACCUUGGUACCUAUAACUACAUUCAUACACCUGUAUCUACCUUGGUACCUAUAACUACAUUAAUUCACCUGUAUCUACCUUGAUACCUAUAACUACAUUCAUACAUCUGUAUCUACCUUGGUACCUAUAACUACAUUCAUACACCUGUAUCUACCUUGGUACCUAUAACUACAUUAAUUCACCUGUAUCUACCUUGAUACCUAUAACUACAUUCAUACACCUGUAUCUACCUUGGUACCUAUAACUACAUUCAUACAUCUGUAUCUACCUUGGUACCUAUAACUACAUUCAUACACCUGUAUCUACCUUGGUACCUAUAACUACAUUAAUUCACCUGUAUCUACCUUGAUACCUAUAACUACAUUCAUACAUCUGUAUCUACCUUGGUACCUAUAACUACAUUCAUACACCUGUAUCUACCUUGGUACCUAUAACUACAUUAAUUCACCUGUAUCUACCUUGAUACCUAUAACUACAUUCAUACACCUGUAUCUACCUUGGUACCUAUAACUACAUUCAUACAUCUGUAUCUACCUUGGUACCUAUAACUACAUUCAUACACCUGUAUCUACCUUGGUACCUAUAACUACAUUCAUACAUCUGUAUCUACCUUGAUACCUAUAACUACAUUAAUUCACCUGUAUCUACCUUGGUACCUAUAACUACAUUCAUACACCUGUAUCUACCUUGAUACCUAUAACUACAUUCAUACACCUGUAUCUACCUUGGUACCUAUAACUACAUUCAUACACCUGUAUCUACCUUGGUACCUAUAACUACAUUCAUACACCUGUAUCUACCUUGGUACCUAUAACUACAUUCAUACACCUGUAUCUACCUUGAUACCUAUAACUACAUUCAGACAAUUUGUUUUGUUUUGGUGCCUGUACCUAUAAAAAACAUCGGUUUCUUUCUCUGUACCUUUGACUAAAUUAAGACACCUGUCUCUACUUAGGAACCUGCUACUUUAUUAAGACACCUGUUUCUACCUUCAGGUACAUGUUUCUACCUUUGUAUCUGUAACUACGUAACAUUCAGACACAUGUUUUUGUCUUGUUGCCUGUAUUUAUAUACAUGUAUAUAAAGACAUCAGUUUCUUUCUCUGUAUCUCUGACUAAAUUAAGACACCUAUCUCUACCUAGAUACAUAUGUACCUGUUACUUCAUUAAGACACCUGCUUUGCAUUUGUACGUUUAACUAAGUUAAGGCACCCGUUUUGGCCUUGAUACCUGUGACUAAAUUAAGACACCCCCACCCCCAACCCAAUCCUCCCUAAAAGCCAGUAUUUUAGUUUUAGUCUUAAUAGAUAGGAAUCUCAAGUCAUAGGGACCAAUCCUUAGAUGAGUAAAAAUGAAAGUCAUGCUGUGAUGUUAAUGGAGAUGGUAAAAUGUUGUGACUGUCACGGGACAUAGCGUAUGGCAAGUGUGAACAUAAUCCCUGCAUAACAAGUUACAACUAUCAGUUAGACAUUCCAUCAUCAAUGUUUUAUUUAAGUGUUAAUUAGAUGUAAACAGUUUUCUUUCUGUUUUAUUUUUUUAUAUGUUUUAUCAAAAAUAUAAUAUUACCGUUUACCUUCCAAUUACAGUAAGAAGUUUUAUUCAGCAACAGAAAUAAAAUCUUGAUGGUCAUUGUAUCCAUAACUUCAUUUAAGAAAAAAAAUAUUGAUUAAUCGAAAGGAUCAAACAACUAUAGCUAGAUAUGCCUACAUUACGUGUACAUACAUUUAUUUGUUCAUUGUUACAUAUUUUAUAAAGUAAGGGGGGUAACUCCUACUGAAUGUCAUUCAGUUGCUGCAAUGCAGAGUGCAAUCAGGUUUUCACAAGUUAGGAAUAAUCUCAGUUGAUUAAAUGUGCAUAUUUAUUUCUCUAUCUCUGUCUCUUGUAUGUUUUUUUCUGAAAAUAACAAAUUUAGAUAGAUCAAUAUUUAUAUAUACAAACAUAUAAUAUCUAUUGUUAACUAUAUAAAAUCACACAUUACAAUGUACAUUAUGUAUGAUAGAAAUUAUAUGACACAACCAAUAUGAUAUUUAAGAGUGUGACGUUUCAAUGACUACACUGUCACCUUCAUCCGACUAAUGACUAAUGUGAAGCAUACUAGCACUGUCUUAUGUAGUGUCAAUGAUGGUAAUACGAUUGGAUUACUCUGAAGGAUGUUUCAUCUUAAUCUGCUUGAUGAUCUUAUUGACACCAAGUUCGAAAAUAGUAUGACGAGAUGGUAAAAAUAAAAUAUAAUCAAACAAGUGUACAAGAUGGUAUGAUGUGCUAUAGUUGAAUCGGCUUGGUGUCAAUAAGAUUAUGAUAAAGUCAAAACAUCCUUCAGAGUAGAUCAAAUCUUUUUACCAUCUCGGACACUACACAAGACAGUGCUAGUACGCUACACAUUGGUCAUUAGUCUGAUGAAAGUGACAGUGUAGUCAUUGGAACUUCACACUCUCAAAUAUCAUAUUGGUUUUGUCAUAUAAAUUCUAUCAUAUUUUCUUUACCAACCUGAAGAAAAUGUUCCAGAAUAUAAAAAUUAACAAUGUAUAUUGUUCACCUUUGAUAUUUGAAAAAAAAAGUAAAUUUUAUAAUGAAUAGCAACCACAAUAGCAACUGUACAUACAUGUAUAUAUAUAUCAUUUCUGGUUCUAUUCUUCAUGAAAUUAUAAUCUUUCAGAUAUAAGUAAGAAAGGUGUAUAUAUAUGUGUAGUGUUUUUUCCAAGUUACAAUAAAAGUAUUAAUUGAUAUGAUAGAUUUCUCCCUAAACACUGCAGUCUUGAAAUGGCGAGUAGUUAUUUUAACCCAAUGUCUCUCGGCUUCGGUAUGAACAAUUUAUUUGUUAUAGAUAAUAUAAUAAUUAAUGUAUAUUAGUGAACAAAAUUUUUGCAAGAGAAUAAAUCUUAAUUCCUAAAAGUUAA